AUGACCGGUGGCUCCUCUCAUGUCGACUGGAGGUCUAUUCCAAAUGCAAUCGACCACACUCCUUGGCCGAAGAACCGCGGUCUGUCCAAACUCUUCUUCUUCUCCUCCGUCCUAUAUAUGGGCCAGUUCUUGAAUGGCUAUGAUGGAACUAUCACUGGAGGUCUCCAAGCUCUGCCUGAUUGGAACAAAGACCUGGGGUACCCGUCUGCUGGGAGGAUAGGAUUGCUAAAUGCAGCUUCUUACAUCGUCGGUGUUUGUAUGGGACCGCUCAACGCAUGGGUGGUCGACAAAUUCGGGAGAAAAUGGCCUAUUCGAUGGUACGCUCUCGCAAUGAUCGUGGGCACCGUCAUUGGCUGUGUGGCUGGGUCUCAGUCUGGCAACACGGGUUAUGGCUUGUUCGUGGCAUCAAGGGCUAUCAUCGGAUCGGGUGUACCCGUAUUCCUGAUGGCCGCGCAGAUUGUCAACCAAGAGAUGGCACAUCCGCGAUUCCGUCCUCAAAUGGCUGCCUACUGGGAUUGUAACUGGGUUUUGGGAAGCACCGUGGCUUCCUUCAUCACCUUCGGCACAUCCUACAUCAACUCUUCCUGGUCUUGGCGUAUCCCAUACCUCAUCCAGCUCCUCCCCGCCCUCUACAUGCUAGUCGCCGUCCAAUUCAUGCCCGAGACCCCACGAUUCCUCAUCGCCAAUGGCAAGGAAGAAGAGGCUUACAGAUUCUUUGUGGACUACCACGGCAACGGAGAUGAGGAAGAUGAAUUGGUCAAGUUCGAGUGGAGGGAAAUGAAGGAGACGAUUGAGAUGGAGAAAGGCGAGAAGCUGGGAUGGACACAGCUUUUGAAGACACGGGCGAACGUGCAUCGUCUGGGUUUGGUAGCACUGAUCACUACUAUGCCUCAGCUCAACGGUAGCACGAUAAUCAGCUACUACUACUCAGUCAUCCUCACUCAAUGCGGUAUCACCGGCGCCGGUCAAAUCACUGGUAUCGGUGCCGGGCUCAACAUGUACAGUUUCAUUCUCCAAUGCCUCGGCGUCUACUCUCUCCGCUACUUUGGCCGUCGAUCCAUGGUCCUCUCCACUUGGCCAUUGCUCAUCCUCGGUAUGGCGGCCAUGGCUGCGACGAGUGGUGUCUAUCAGCAUUCAGGGCAAAGCGACAAAGGAGCCGGGAUAGCAAACGUGGUGAUGGUCUGGCUGUAUUCGACGCCGUGGAAUUAUGUGUCGCCCAUCUUCUACUCGUAUCCGGCCGAGAUCUUGAACUAUGAGAUUAGAGGGAAGGGUAUGGCUGUAUGGAAUACUGUCAACCAAGGAUGGGGCGCCUAUGGGUCUUAUGUCAACUCGAUCGCGUUGGACAGCAUUGGAUACAGGUACUACUGCGUCUACAUUCCCAUUCUCGCCCUACAAUGGGUGCUGACCUACUUUUUCAUGGUUGAAGUCAAGGGCUUGACUUUGGAGGAAAUUGCGACAGCUUUCGAAGGUGACAAUGCGGCUGUGGCCAGAGUCGACGCGCGGUUGGCGGAAGGUGUCUCUGGAAAUAUAGGAGAGGGAGACGAUGACGAGAAGAAGCUGGGUCUAUCAGGGGCAUCUGUCAUUGCUCCGGUUAUCUAG